GCCACCCUUUGCAUUGAUGACAGCUUUGCACACUUGGCAUUCUCUCAACCAGCUUCAUGAGGUCGUCACCUGGAAUGCAUUUCAAUUAACAGGGCCUGAGCCACUGCACCAGCCUUGUUUUUUUUGUCUUCAAGACGUCUAUUUUCUGCAUACCCAGAAUGACACAGAUUGGAUUAAACACAGAGGACUGAUCCAAAGAGGUGUGUCACGAGCAGGUAAACCCGAGAGCCUGGGGCAAAGAAGAAAGACAAGACAAGGAAUGAUGACUUACAACAACAGAGAACUGGUGGUAUACUAUAUUACCUAUAAACUAUCACAGAGGGACUACCCCUUCAACCACAUGGAGCUCACAGAAGCCCAGAAUCGGACUGAGGGAGGACAGGUGGAAGGGGGUGCGGCAGUCAUGACAUACGUCAACGGGACGAGUCCCGGUACUCCUCCACCACGGCAGUCGCCCCCCUCCUCCCCUCGGCGGACAGCGGGCCUGGACGCAGUGAAAGAGGCAUUGCGGGACUCUGCCAACGAGUUUGAGCUGCGUUAUGCCAGAGCUUUCAGUGACCUGUCCUCCCAGCUACACAUCACGCCGUCCACAGCCUAUCAGAGCUUUGAGAACGUGAUGGACGAGGUGUUCCGGGACGGUGUCAACUGGGGACGGGUGGUGGGCCUGUUUGCUUUCGGAGGAGCCCUCUGUGUAGAAUGUGUGGACAAGGAGAUGAACCCCUUGGUGGGAAGGAUCACAGACUGGAUGACCGUCUAUCUGGACAACCACAUCCAGCCCUGGAUCCAGAGCCAAGGAGGAUGGGACCGGUUUGCAGAGAUCUUUGGGAUGGACGCUGCAGCCGAGAGCAGGAAGUCUCAGGAGAGCUUUAAGAAGUGGCUUCUGGCGGGGAUGACCCUGGUCACAGGAGUCGUCGUAGGGUCACUCUUCGCUCAGAAACGCCUGUGAGAACGACAGCCACAACAGAGGGGGGGGGGGUGGAAUGAAGGAAUUAGUUUAACUUUUCUUAUUUCUCCUUUUUAAUUUCCAAGAAAAUACAUGAUUAUGUUUGAACCUUCCAUCCCACCAUACACUGAGGACUCUGACAAACUGUUGAGAUUAAAGACAGCGUGACGGUCACUUAUGUUACCCUCAUCAAAGACCUCCCUGCAACACCCUAAAACACAAGAAAAUGGAGGGAGGUAUCUAGAACUGUCUUGGGCCAAACCUUCCUCUUGUUCCUUUUUGUUUACUCUUUCAUGUUGACCUUUUCUCCAAUUGCUAUAUUAAUUAGUUUUUUUUACAAAUGUAAAAGUGAUUCAGAAACGAGCUAGUGCAUCAUAUUAGGAGCAUUGGCCUGAAAUUAGUGAGGUCAUUUAAUUUGUCAUGUGUUCAUUGGUUUUGUUUUUAUUUUUAUUUGUUUUACCAUUAAAACCCACGUGAUCAUU